AUGCCGGGUAUUGGAAUAAGAGGGUUGUGGAAUAAUCGGGAAGAAGAGAUUAAACGUAAGGAAGAAACAAAGAGAAAGGAAGAAACAAAGAGAAAGGAAGAAGAGAUUAAACGUAAGGAAGAAACAAAAAGAAAUGAUGAAAAGGUUAAGCGUAAGGAUGAAACAAAGAGAAAAGAAAAAGAGAUUAAACGUAAAGAGGAAACAAAGAGAAAAGAAGAAGAGAUUAAACGUAAGGAGGAAACAAAGAGAAAAGAAGAAGAGAUUAAACGUAAGGAGGAAACAAAGAGAAAAGAAGAAGAGAUUAAACGUAAGGAGGAAACAAAGAGAAAAGAAGAAGAGAUUAAACGUAAGGAGGAAAUAAAAAGACAAGAAGAAGAGAUUAAACGUAAGGAGGAAAUAAAAAGACAGGAAGAAGAGAUUAAACGUAAGGAGGAAACAAAGAGAAAAGAAGAAGAGAUUAAACGUAAGGAGGAAACAAAGAGAAAAGAAGAAGAGAUUAAACGUAAGGAGGAAACAAAGAGAAAGGAAGAAGAGAUUAAACGUAAGGAGGAAACAAAGAGAAAGGAAGAGGAGAUUAAACGCAAGGAGGAAACAAAGAGAAAGGAAGAGGAGAUUAAACAUAAGGAGGAAACAAAAAGACUGGAAGAAGAGGUUAAGGUUAAAGAGUCGACAAAAAGAAAGGAUGAAGUGAUUAAACGGAAAGAGGAGGAGAAAAGAAAAGAAGAAGAAAGAAAAUAUAAGGAAAAGGAGAAUAAACAAAGGGAUGAAAAGAGAAAAUAUAUCGACAACAAGAAGGGUAAACAAGAGAAGGAGAUUAAAGAAAAAGAGGAAAUGAAAAAGGGAGUGAUGAAAGAACGCAUUGACAAAGUAGAGGAUGAAGAAAUAGAAAAAGUGAAAAGUUUAAUAAGUAGGAAAAACAGAAAAAGAAAAAUGAUAUAUCAAGCAAUUGAAAAAGAAGAGAUAGAAGACGGUGAGUUUAUUUAUGAAAUGAUAACAAUUGUGAAGAAAUAUAAAACUGAAUAAAUAAAUGACGUAGCUGUAAAAUGAAAACUGAUGUAGCUGUAAAAUGAAAACUGAUGUAGCUGUAAAAUGAAAACUGAUGUAACUGUUAAAUGAAAACUGAUGUAACUGCUCAUUGAAAACUGAUGUAACUGAAAACUGAUUAAAAAAAAAAGGACAAACAACAACCGUACAUAUACCUGAGGAUAACAUCUGGAGGUC